AUGACUGUGACGGCGACUGCUGCGACGACAGCAACUGUGACGAUAGUGGUGGUGGUGGCGGUAACGGUGGUGGAGCCGACGGCGACGGUGGAGGCGGCGGCGGUGGCAGCCACGACGGCUGUAGUGAAUCUCAAGGGUUCGUCGUCGUCGUCGUCGUCGUCGUCGUUAUCAUCAUCAUCAUCAUCGACAAGAUCGGCCUACAACCAGCUGGACUGGACGGCCUCGAGAGUUUUCGCUGUAAGGCCGGGGGUUGUGGGGGUCACCACGGGGGCGGGGGUGGGUUUGCCCCUGCUUCUUCUCGUCGUCGCUGUCCUUGGCAAUCAAACGUGCACGACGACGGCUGCGCCGGUGGUGUCCGAUCCGCACGUGUCCCUCGACGCUACGCCUCCUCGUCUUCCGCCUCGAUCAACGUUCGACCGUUCAUCGUCGUCGUCGUCAUCGUCAUCGUCGUCGUCAUCAUCGUCAUCGUCGUCGUCCUUGUCUUCCUUUCGAAGAGCCACCCGCCGAUUUUCCAACCUCCACCCGGAAAAUCCAUCGCACAAUCGUUCCUCGAAGGGAGAAUUGGAUUAUCGCGAGCAACUACCUUCCCCAUCAGCCGAACGAGAAGACGGUCUGGAUAGGAGUCGGUUGCUCUCUCCCUGGGAACAAACGACAAUCGAUCCAUCCAUCGGAAGAACGGAUUCUUCUUCCCCUGCAAGAGGAAGAGGAGGUGAAGGGGGCGGAAGAGGAGGAAGAGGAGGAGGAGGAGGUCUGGCUCACGAGAGGACCAAGUCGAGACGGCGGCAGGUUGCCGCGGCAGGGUCGCUCGAUGAUCGAGGAUCAACUACUCUAAGCCUCGUUCAACCGUACUGGCUGCCGACGAGAUUCUCUCGUCCCCGUUACACGGAACGAUCUUCAACCCUCGUCGAUAGGAUCAAACCGGAGCGUCGCCACGGUGGUGGCACCGUUUCGUUCCCUGCAACAACCGGAGCAACUAUCGGUGGUGGUGGUGACUCGACGUCGUCGAGUCUCGAGGACUCGACUGUCGGUGAGAAUCACUGGGACGAGAAUCACUCGACAACCACGGCGACUACAAAGGCUACGACGACGACGACGAAGAGGAGAAGGGUGACCACGGUACCUGUCCCUUGGACUACAGCUCCGUAUCGUUCGAUUCAUCGAACUGUGCCGUGGGACGACGAAAGUGAAAAUUCGGAUAGAUCCGCGGGAAGACGCGACACGAAGGCGAAAGACGAAGAAAGGGAGAAGAUUGGCACCCCGUCUCGCAAAGACGGGGCCAGGUUUGUGUUCGGGGGGGGCGGCGGUGGUGGUGAGGUAAAAGGUGGUGGUGGUGGUGUCGUCGAGUGGACCACAACAGUCGCCAGGCCGAUGUCAGCGUGGUCGUAUCCUGAAGAUGAGGAGUCGGGAGCUGGAAGCGUAAGGACACGCCCGAGCCCGGAAGAGGCGGCGAGCGAGGACGAGGAGGCCGAGAGUGGCGAGGAACAGGUCAAGGUCGCGGUGUCGCACCCCAAAGGCUCGUCGUCCACGUCGACCACGGCUAGGACUACGUUGCCAACGACGACGACGACGACGACGACGACGCAGUUGCCACCGCCGAGUCAAGAUACCUCUAUGGAAGCACUGAACGCGAGUAGCUACAUAGUGUCAGUGGUGCUCGUCCUGAUAGUCGGAGCACUGGUGGGUGUCUUUGCGACGGUAUCGCAUCAUCUUCAUCAUCGUAGGCUGCUACUGCACGAGCCUGCUUCCGCCUCGAUCUUGCACCACCAUCGGCAUCAUCAUCACCGCCAUCAUCAUCAUCAUCAUCAUCGCGAGGAACUUCCGGCGUCGCACCAACGACGCCUCCUGCUGCAGGACCACCACCGUCAUCCUGGGACGCCGAUGCUGUCGGUGAGCCCAGGAAUGGAGCGCAACGGCCUCAGCGGUGGACUCGAGGAUGAUCCAAGCGGAGGUGGUGGUGUAGGCGGGGUUGGUAACGGCGGCGAAGGAGCCACCGAUAGUAUACAGGAAGUGAUGGUCGCCGCUGCAAGGGAUCGGGCGAUUCGCGCCGGAAGUGUCCGCCAGGACCUCGCCCUCGACCUACCCCCACGGCUUCAGCUUCCGGAUGGCGAGGAACGUCCGUACGGAGCGCAUACCGCUCUUCACCUGCGCGAUCCUGAGCAGGAGAGCGAGAUAUACCAGAAAUGCGUUCGACCGCCCCCGAACCGGACUGUAUUCGACAGCGAGAGCCCGCCGCCUUACCGAAGCCAGUCCGCGUUGCUGGACGCGCCUGAACGGCUGGUCCGGUGUCACAGCGCGGGCAGCUCCCUGUUGAAGGUAUUCCGAAAGUCCUCCAAUCCUAGCAGUUCGACGCCAGCAGUGGUGGUUCCGCCCAGAAGACCCACCUUGUCCAGUUAUUCCGAGUCCAGUAGCAACCUGAGCAACCUGUCCAGCCUAACAGUGGUCCCGUGCGAGACUGACGAGGGUCAGCAGCAGCAACAACAGCAUCAUCAUCAUUAUCAUCAUCAUCAUCACCAUCAUCACCAUCAUCAUCAUCAUCAACAACAUCAGCAAGAACAUCAGCAACAAACGUCGUCUCAUCAUCAGCCACCGAACGUCUGAUCCGAGGCACGGCCGAGAAGGAGAGCACUCGAAGCCGCAACGACCUCGAGGAGCAACGAGUUCCUCGAGGUCGACGGACGGCGGAGGAUCUCGUGGAAGCGGCGGCAUCGUGUCCCAGUCAAACAACGAGAAAAGACAGAGGAACGGGUCGACGACACCCGGCACAAGGACGACAGUGUUGUAUUCAAGACUGGGGCAGAGGUCGUCGUGCUUGUUCUACCCUCCUCGAGAAUCCUCGACCCGUCGAGGAUCCCUCAAGACUGACUCGCAGGAGAAACGUUGGUACGGGUUCGGCCAGCUGACGAUGAUACCGCCUCGUUAUCGCGUGGACGACGGGCUUUUGAAUCGCAGCCGAGCGCGCGGAGAAUCUCGCCGACAAACACCGGCCGAGAGGAGAAGAGAGGGUCGAAUUCGAAGGGAUGAUUCUCCUUCUCCUCCUUCUCCGCCGUAUAUAUCACACUCCUUGUAACGCUGGUGUAGCUGUUGGAUCCUCCAUUUGGAGGCCCGCUGGAUGGCCCUCCAGCUGGUUCUUUUUUCGGGAGUGGAGCGCCCUCUAACCCGCGAGCUGAGCGAGAAAACGGGACACACGAGAAGAAGAACGAGACGAGGAAGACACAAGGCUGCGUUCGUGGGUCGGUAACCUUCGGUGCUUCAGGUGCUCGAUACCUAAUGUAAUGUGGCAAUCCCUACAUGGCCAGUCUCUAGCUUAGAUCUCAGACGAUUCCAAAGUAACGUAGACGAGAAAGGGUUAGUUCUAUUAAAUGUAGCUGAAAGGAGACGAAGAAUCCUUACGAGAACGAGGGACGGUAAGAAGGUAAUAAGGGAGUGAAUAAUAAAAAGAGAAUAUAGGAGAAUGAAGGAGAUUGAUAAGAGAGGCCUAUUUAAGCGAGAUGAAUAAAAAAACGAAUUAUCGAAGGCACCACCACUCACGAACUGGAGUUCGUAUUGGAAAGACUGACGUGUGUCCUCCGAGGAAUAAAGCACCUAGCGUCGAUGUCGAGAAGAAAGGGUGAUAUUACGAGAGAAGAGUGAUGCAGGAACGGCCAACGAAUGUAGCUGAUGAAUACGCAUUUGUAGUGAUUAGAAAAGCCGCCAGAGUGCGCCAUUGCUGCCGACCCACACGCAACACCACACCGAUCAACGUGACGUAAUUUCUGAUCAUCGAGUAUAUAUGUAUAUGUAUAUGUACAUGUAUAUGUAUAUCGUUUUUUGGAAGUUUGUUUCGCUGCGAAAAAGACUUAGUAAAUUAUUUAUUGGCGAUAAUUCGCGAGAGAAUGAGAGAGAGAGAGAGUGAUUCGCGCGAUGGAAGCGGAAACGUGGAGGAAGCGGAUGAAUCCGCCACACGAUAUAGAAUAAAAUGAAUGUAUUGAAUGAUGCGUCGUUAUUGCGUGUGUGCGUGUAAUAUCGAGUAUGAAUGCAAGAAUAAAGAGAGAGAUCCACGUGAAACGGAUCUCAGGGGAAGAGAGAGAAUUGGAAAAGAAUAUAUGGAAGUUGGUCUUUACGAAAAAAAGGAGGAUAGAAAUAUCAUUGAGGGCAAGGGUGGAAAGAGAGGGAUUCUCUGAACGAUAAAUGGCGCGAUUCCGUAGUGUAUAAGUGAUAAUGAAACGAGAUGGAAACGAAUGAUGGAGUGAGAGAGAGAGAAAGAGAGAGAGAGAAAGAGAGAAAGAGAGCGAUGGAGGAAAAGUAGUGCCAAGAGCGUAAAGAAAAAAAGAGGAAGAAGAAAAAGAAGAGGAAAACAAGAAGACGAUGAUGAUAAUGGUGAAAAAAAAACUCUGUAAAUAUUAGGUUAGGUAGUUCAAUAUCAAUAUAAUUAUUACGACUAAAAAUGAUAUGCUCUAUAUACUUGAUUAAAAAGUAAUUAAACAUUACACCACGCAUAAACACGAGUUGGACGGGCCGUACGAAAUCGCCCUGGGACACGCGUUACGCUUUUCGACGAGGCCUCCGUGAGAAUUAUAGAUGAGAAAGAAGGGGGAAAAAAAAAGGAACAAGAAAAGAAUCGUUUCGAGCAUUGCGAUCGAUCCGUUUCGAUUUUUUUCUAAUCAACGACGAACAGGGAAUGAGAGAAAGAUACAGAAAGAGAGAGAGAGAGAAAGAAAAGACUGUUCGUCUCUUCGCGUUCAUCGAUCCCAUCGUUUCCUCGACCCCUCCUCUUUUUUUUCCCCUGUCGAGGAGGAAGAGAAACACUGAUCGAAGCUUUCGGACUGUUUUUGCAUUGAGCAAGAGAGCGGCACGGUUCCUCUCUCGACGCGAAAACAGAUCAGGUAUUCACGUUUUAGUGAUUGGUAACGAAUCGAAGUCACAGGGGAGUGGUACGAUCGAGUCGCAUGAACAGAAGGAAAACUGAUAAAAGUGAAGAUCGAUCGGUGUUCGUUCGCGAUGCUCGGAUCUCUGCUGCCGCGUCUCGCCGUGUUUCGAAUGGCUCGCACGAUGUCUGAUAUAAACGCUACUUUAUUAUUAUUCAGAUAGAUAAGGCUUCAGUUUUCUGACGAAAAAAAAAAAGAAAAAAAAAUAAAAAUAAAAAUAGGACGAGAUCUGCCUUGACGACGAACCGAGUGUCGACGACCGGCUUCGUUUCCCCAUUUUUGCUCGGAUACAACCGUCGAAACGAUCGAGGUUUCAGCUCAGAUCGCCUUGGAGGAUUCUUUUGGGAAUGAACGUUAGGGUUUAUGGAUAACUUGUUUAGAUUUAAAUAUGCCUAAUGAUGUGUUAGGUGUAUCGUUAGACGUAUUACUAUUAAUUAGGCGUGCCAUCGGGUACGUCAUCUACAGUGUUCCUGAGAACUUUUUUCUCGAAGAAAAAAAAAAAAAGAAAGGAUGGAAAGUUUGGUAAAGAAAAAAAGUAAAAUAAUAAAAGAAAAUUAUUUUCUAAGCACGGUACCUGUAUGUACCAAGUAGAUUUCCAACUCAGCAUCGUAUGCUUCGGAUUUUUUACUCGAUAGCCAUGACAUUGUUAAUUUAAGAUAGACUUUCGUAUAUAGAUUGUUAUUAGGGAUGUGACGGUAAAAAUAUCGAAAUCGUUGGAAACUCGAAAAAUUUUCGAGUCCUCGAUCUUUGAAUUUUUUGUUAUUUUUGUGAUUCGAAAUUCUCGAAAUCUAAAUGAAUUUAUAUUCAGAAUUUAUAUUCUUUUAAUUAGACUGUUUUAAUUAAAAAUGAUGAUUCGUUUUGAUUAGAAAAACGACUAAUAUUAUUAAUUUAUUAAUUUUCAUUCUUAAUAAAAUUAGACAUUUUUUAGAAAGGAAAGGAAGGAAAAAUAUAAAUUAAGUUCUAGAUUUCGAGAAUUUCGAAUCUCUAAAAAAUUUCAAAAUACAAAAUUUCACAACAAUUUCCAAAAAUCAGAUUUCGAUCCAUCUCUAAUUAUCAUAUACGAAAGUGAAAAGAUUUGACAAAGAGGAGAGAGUUUGAGAGAUUAAUGCUUUCCUGCAAUCGAAAGAGACUCAGCGUACUUUUUUACAACUUUGAUAUUUUUCUCGAAAGCGACAAAAUGAAAUACGUAAAAGAAAAAAAAAAAAGAAAUAGUAUUUUUAUUGAAAUUAUCUUUCAACGUAGACAUUUACGCGCUACGCUAAUUUCUCUUUAUAAAAUACGAUCACCAGAAAGGCCUUCGACACCUCGAUAAAGUACAAUCUUCUUACCAAAUACAAAAGUAUUGGAUUCCCAUGGCGAUCUGACAGAAACAUUUUUUCUCCCCAAAAUCUACAAAAUUAUUUAACUCGUUUCAAUCCGUAUUACAAUUAUAAUUAAUCGAUCCAUUAAAAAAUAUAUAUAUAUGAAUUUGCAAAAAAAAGAAAGAAAUUGAUAAACACUAUAUUCGAACACGAUAGGCGUGUAAACGAGCAAAAUGGCGGUAUCGACUUCGGUUCUCGAUCUCGGGACAGAGCGAAACUACUGAAGUAUCUCAUGAGAAGUCACCAAUUAUUGUAAUACUUAAAAAAAGAAAAAAAAAAAGAACCGUAUCGACGAAGGGGUCAAAUUGCAAACGAAUCACCGACACUUUUCUUUUUCUCGAUUCUCGUGUCGCCUAAAAAAUUUACCAUUUUUGUUCCACGAACAAAACGAAAAUUCCUGCAAAUAAGUCUCGACGGAAUCCUCCAUUUUAUUCCGUGAAAUAAUUUUCUCGAAUAGCUCCGUUCGAGAUUAAAACGAACUUUGAAGUAGAUCCUUAGAGAGCGAGACGAGAAUCGAAAAGGAAAUAGAAAUGUAAAAAGCGACCAUUAAAGAGGCACCGUUUUGGCGUUGAAUGUGUACACUACUGGCCAUAAAUGUCAAAUUUAGUUUUUUUUUUUUUUUUUGGAAAAACGAAACUUCAACUAAAUAUCAUUUUAUUUUCUUCAUAAAUGCUAAAUUUAUGUCUUGAAAAAAUAUUAGGAAAUUUCACAAGACAAAAUUUAGUAGAUGAUAUUAGUAGUAUUAAAAAGAAUUUCAAAUAUUUAUUUUGUUACCUGAUAAUGAUACCUUGCAAGGUAUGUCGUCCUUUGCAACGAUAAAAUAAUAAUAAUAAUUUAAAUUAAUUGUCUUAAAAAAAUUUAUGGCCAGUAUUGUGCGUAUUAUAAAAGAAAAAAAGAAGAAUAAAAAGAUAAAGGAAAAAAAAAACCAAUGCCGAUGAAAAAAGCGUAUAAAGUCGAUUUUAUGCGUGUACACGUAUAAAUUCUCGCGCGUAUACGUGUACGCACAUACGAGAGCAAUGAAGUUGGAGAAAAUUAUGUCCGGGCAGUUCUACACACGACACUCGUGGUCCCAUGGACCGCGAAAAGAGACGCAAGCUCUUUUCCAUCGUUAAAAGGGGGAAAAAAAAAAAAGGAAAAAUGUGUUCACGCGCAUGCAAUAUUAGGUGAUGAAGAUUAAUCGUAUAUCUCUAUGUAAAGAAAAAAAAGAAAGAAAGAAAGAAGCAUUAUUAAAAAGAAAAAGAAAACAUAAAAACAAGUGGUAAAAGAUGGCGAAGUCAAAGAGAAAAGGAAGAAAAGUACAUACGGGAAUUAAAAAAAGAAACGAGAGAGAAAGAGAGGGAAGUAUUGAGAGAGAGAGAGACAGAGAGAAAGGGGGAGAGAGUGAGAUGCAAAGGACGAACAAUAGCGGACUAACGAGAGAGAGAGAGCAAUCGGCGAGAAGACGUGAUGGAGUGAUCGUAUGUAUGUGUGUGUAUCUGCGUGUAUGUCUGAUUGCGCUUAUGCAUGUGUGAGUGAGAGGAAAAGAGAUAAAUCGUAUAAGAGAGAGAAAGAGAGAGAGAGAAAGAUACGAAAGAUGCGACUAAAUCCAAAAAAUAAUAAUAAUAAUAUUAAUAAUAAUAAUAAUAAUAAUAGUAAUAAUAAUAAUGGGUCUUGUGCAAGCCUCGAUUUAAAUUAAAAAAAAAAAAGAGAAAAAAAAAAGAAAAAAAAUGAUAAAAGAGAAAGAAGAAUACUGUUAUCGACUUAGAUCGAAUUUUUUAAGGGCCAUCGCCGGAGCGAAAUUUCUAGGGAAAAGAUAAAAAGAGAGAAAGAAUGAAAAGCGAGAAAGUGAAAAAUGAUAUAUAAAAAAGCGUUUACUUACGCGAAUUUGUGAUUUUAUGUUCCGCGCGUGGCGAGGCGAUUAUUAAUUGAAUUUCUUAGCGAGCACGAUUUUAAAUAAUUAAAUUCGUGGUGUGUAUCGCGGUUUUAAAACGAUUUGUUAGAGCGGACGCUCGAGCUUUCAUUAGGCGAUCCAGCUGGAGCAACGAGAUCGAUGAUCUAUUGUGGCCUUUCGUUGAAAAUCACCGGCAAUCGGGGCUGUGUGGGACGACAAAGGGCUGGCUUGGCCUUGUCGUUACUGGAAAAUGAAAAGAAGAACGAUAGAAAAAGGAAAGAAAGGACACGUUCCAUUUUUUAAAGAUUGCAAUUUUGAGGCGUACUUCAGAGUUUACCAAUCGAACGAACUGGCUUAGCUCGUAUUAUCGAUAAAAUUAUGACUACUGACUGAUAACAGUCUCAAAAGUUAUUCGAUUUAGUCAUUACUUUCUUUCGAUAAUAAUCGGAUUAGGAUCAAUUAGAUAUAUUUUAGGGAAGAAGGAUAUAUCAACUUAGUCUAUAGAGAAAAUUUUCCUUCUCCGUAGCAAAUAUAGUGGAAUUUCAUUUACUUCAAUUUUAAUAAUAUAGAGGAACGAAAUUUUAUUUAUCUUUAAUUAAUUGAAAAAUUAAAAAAGAAAAAAAGACGACAAUUUUGAAAAAAUUGGAAAAAUUUGAAGGAAGAAAUUGUCACAAUUUAAAAUUCUUUUCAAAAUCUUAAAUCCUACUAAGGACUACUAUAAAAGAACAAAUUUUUUCAUUGCUAAAUUGGAAUAAUUACAACUUCAAACAAGUUUGUUCCUCGACGAUAGAAUCGCACAAAUGUAAUUCCACUAUAAUAAAAGAUCGAAACAAAGGAUUAAAGCAUGUUCGUUUCUCAUCAUUUUUAAGUACGUCUUGUCGGAAGCGUCCAGUUGCUCGGAUUGAUCAUUAAUCCAAAUCGAUCCUCGCAUAUCGCUUAGUAAAACAUUCGAGCGUUUCGAUUCAUUGGCCCAGUGAUCAAACUUCUUCGUCAAUCUGGCCCGCUUCCGGUCCAUCUAGUCAUGCUGAGCCCUGUCGGAUGAUAAAAUCGAUCGGUCGUUUCAUCGAUAAUUUUUCUCGCGGAUCUCGAAUUACAUUAGGAUCCAUUUUACUUAGGCGCGAUUGUGAUUUCACGAGGUGUUCCAAAAUUCGCGGAGCUUUCCGCGUCCGCCAUUUUCUAACGCGAAGGUUACGAAAUUCGACGUUAUAUUUAUCGGGUUUCCCUCGAAUUUGUAAUUAUUGUCGUAUUGUCGAUAAGAUUGGUGUGUCUAGUCCACCAUGGCGAGAAAAGAAAAAAAAAAAUAAUAAAAAUAUGGCGAAUCAAGAUGGCGUUUCGAUGCUCCAUCAUCAUCGAUUCAAACCCCGGAUGUUAUCAUUUCGUUGUUUCUUCGAUCAAGUUGGAGCAACGAAAAAGCCAUUUAUUCCGAUUCCCUUCAUCGCCGUGGUACGUAAAUUAUAUUCUUUUUUUUCAUUUGUUUACGUUGUUAGAUAAUCGAAAAAGAAGAAAAAAAAGGAGAUAAUCGAUAGAUCGAGAUAGAAAGAGUUGUGAAAACGAAUCAAUAAUGCACACAGACCCGCAGACUGAUAUGGAUGCAAAUCUGAGAAUCAAAAUUUAAACGACCGUCUUGUGGUUUCUCGGGGACGCAGUGUCUUAUUGGAACGGUAUUGAUCUUCUGGUAUUGAUUGGGAAAGGAAGAUGAAGAUCUUGGAUAGGUGAAAGUAGUACCAAAAGUGGAAAGAGGAUGCGUGCGUGUGUGCGUGCGUGAAAGGAGAGAAUGGACAAAACACGUGCGACUGAAAGGUUAAGAAAAUUAUUAAAGAUGGAAAAAAGACGUGUGAAAAAACGGGAAAAAGAACCACUAGCCAACAUAUGUCAUUCGAAUCGAAAUAAUCAUCGUUCGUUGUCGUGAUGUACGAGCAGGGGAGAGAGGAAAAUGAAAAGAAAAGUAUUCGAGCAGGGGUCAGGGAAAUCUCUUUUCAAGGUAAAUCGAUCGAUGUCGUAGGAACAGUGUCUCAUUUAAAGUAGUAGAUCGCUUUCUACCAAAAUGGAUAAAAUAAAAUAAAAAUAAAGUAACGUAAAAUAAUGGAACGGUUUAUGUGUAAUUCGAAAGUCGCGCCAGCUGCGUGAUGGGGAGCGCUUGAAGUGGCGCGAGAUUCGAAAAGACGCGCGAAUAAGGAUCUCUUUAAAAUACUCCUGGUUUUCCUGCUCGAUUCUCUCUCCCGAAAUAUCUUUUUUCUUAUUGUUUUUUCUUUUCGUUAUCUUGAUCGUACGUCGAAUCUCGCGUUCCCUUCCAAUAUGUGUCUCCACUCGCGAGCAAAAUAAACGAUUUUUUAUACAGUAGAAUUGUACCAAUUGUACCACAUAGGAAAGAAAAAAAUAAUGAUGUUCGUUGUUCACUGCUCUGGCUUGCUAGUAACAGCAAAACAUAAUAAUCGGGCCUCUCGGAGGCUGUUCGGACCAGGAGAGGCGCGAAAAAAAAAAACUAAAAAAAGACUGUUGACCAAUAACGAGCGUAAAUCAUUCAAGAGGAACUUGCUCCGGACAGUCCCCUUCGUGCCCCCCUGUAUGAAUCGGCAACAUUUCAACAUUGCAAGAUUAUUGGUGUACUUAUCACGCAGUUUUCUACAAAAUAAAGAAAACGAUUUUGAAAAAAA